UUCUUUUGUUCCUGUUGUCCCUCUUUUUUUUUUUUUUUUUCUUUUCUUUUUCCUGGUAUUUUCUUAAUGUCCACAUCAGUCUCUUUGGAUAGUAAUGUUGUCAAAUUAUAUAUCCUUGACCAUUCUUUUGUUAUUUUGAAACAACAAGACAUUUUGGAAAUCUCUUUCGAUGGUACCAUCAAAUCAAAAGACGAGUUCACUCCUGAUCCUAAUAUUAGUUCUUACGAAUUCCAUGGCAUAGUUGGACUACUUGAUGGCUUUACUGAUAAAUACCUAGUUAUGGUGUCUCAGGUACAACAACGUGGACUUUUAUUUGGACAUUCUACCUAUGCCAUUGAAAAAACAAUAUGUAUACCCAUGAAUGCUUCAGUUGCAAGGAAAACUUUGGCUUUACACGGUACCAAGACUGUAAUGGAUACUGAUGGAACUUCCGAUAUCCAAACUUUACUUAUCAAAGAGCCCGAUGGAAAGAGCGGUACAGAUACCUCUACAACAACAAUAACAAGCUUGGAAUCACAACAGUUGUCAGCAACAACGAUACCAAUAGAACCUACUAUCACUACAACGUCGAAAAUAUCUACCACAAAAGUAUCAUCUCCUUCUUUUAUGAAUGUGCUCAAGAAAACAUUUAGUUCUACUGACAACAAAGCUGGCAACAACUCCUCUUCAACCUCCAACCUUCAAACAUCUCUAUCUGCUGGUUCUUUUGGUACUCGAAUUUCGUCUUCCGCUUCACUCUCGAAAGAUUUUCCCGAGCCUGUACCAGUUGAUGUGCUAUCCGAUUCAAUGGCAUCUGUCAAAUUGUCUGAAGAUACGGUCGCCUUGGAACAACGUCUGAUUAAAGAAGUGACUAAUAUGUUUAGUCGUGGUAUGUUUAUCUUCGCUCAUGGAUUUGAUAUUACAAAUAGCAUCCAGCAUACAUUUGAAAAGAAAAAGGAUGAUUCAACUCGAUCUAUUUUGGAAACAAUUGAUCAUCGAUUCUGGUGGAAUGAACAUCUCUUACAGGACUUUGUGAAAGCUAAGCUUGAUCAUUGGAUUUUACCGAUAAUGCAAGGCACUAUACAAAUUGAAUCAUGUGAAAUAGAUGGAUUCCCGUUUACAUUUGGACUUGUGUCUCGACGAAGUCGUGAAAGAGCUGGAUUACGAUAUCAACGACGUGGUGUGAAUGAUGAAGGCCAAGUCGCUAAUUUUGUAGAAACGGAACAAAUAGUCAUCUUCAAACGAGAAAAUGUGCAGCAUAUAGCCUCUUUUGUUCAAACCCGUGGAUCAAUCCCACUGUUUUGGAGCCAAUCACCAUAUGCUCUUCAUCCUGAUCCUGCACUUCAUCGAUCAGAGGAAGAAAACACUGAAGCAUUUGAAAAGCACUUUCAAAAACAAGAAUCUUUGUAUGGUCGUCAAGUGGUGGUGAACCUUACUGAAUUAUCUGGUCGUGAAGCUAUCAUUGGAUCUGAAUAUCGAUAUCAUAUUGAAAAACUGGGGGAUCCAAACAUUAAGCAAGUCAAAAGAAAGAAAAAAAAACACAAUCUAGCAAUAUGCUUGCUUAUUUAUUUAUUUGUUACUAGAUAUGUGGAAUUUGACUUUCACAAGGAAACAAAGGGUAUGCGGUUUGAAAAUAUUAGCAAGCUAAGUGAUAGCCUAUAUGACAACAUGAUGAAAAUGGCGUAUUUUUGGGAAGGUGAUAACAAAACCGUAUAUUGUGAGCAAGCUGGUGUAUUCAGAACGAAUUGUAUGGAUUGUCUUGAUCGAACCAAUGUUGUACAGAGUGCUUUUGCAAGAAAAAUCCUCAAUUUGCAAUUGAUGCGAUUUGGCAUUUCAGAGUAUCCGGACAAGGGCAUCAAGUAUUACGAACAAUUUGAACGUAUCUUCAACAACGUCUGGGCGAACAAUGGAGAUAUGAUUUCUCGUAUGUAUACUGGUACAAGUGCACUAAAAGGUGAUUUUACAAGAACUGGUAAACGAAACUUCACUGGGAUUAUGAAUGAUGCAUCUAAUUCAUUGGCAAGAAUGUACUUCAACACUGUUAAGGAUUUUUGGGGACAAGCUACAAUAGACUACAUAUUAGGUUAUCAUAAACUGGAUAUAUUUAGACGCAUUCCGGAAAGUAGCCAGAGAUCUGCUGAACCUGGAAUUGAAAAGUGGCUAGAGAAAAUACGCAACGAUGCUAUCCAAGUUAGCUGUGAAAUUGUCAUCGCAGACGAUGAAGUCAAAUUAAGAGGUUGGACUCUUUUGGCACCAAAAGAAAAUAAAAAUGGCAAACGAUCAAGCAAACGAUUUGAAGAAAAGGUGGUCCUAUUGACAAGCAAAGCAUUAUAUGUAUGUAGUUAUAACUAUCAUUUGGAAAAGGUGGUACAAUUUAAACGGGUGGAGCUCUGUACCAUUCAAUCGAUUCAAGUGGGCGAAUAUAUCCUAUCAUCCUUGGCGGCUGAAUCUCGUGAUCCAAAUCAAAAUUAUGGUUUAUGCAUUUAUUACAAUUCAAAUGGACAAAUCAUGCGAUGGAAUACAGGUAGUUUAAUCAAUCAAAAUUUGGAAGAUCUCAACAUUACAACUACAGAUGCAAGAUCCAAAAAGAAGAAGAACAAGCGAAUCACUACAUCAACGGCAACAAUGGAAGAUAGUGGUAUGGAAAGCGAUUCAUCCUGUUUAUCCCGGUCAUCGUCAUCAUCAUCAUUAUCAUCAUCGUCGUCAAAUUCUGAUAAAGAUGUCAUCAUUCCAACUGGACAAUCAUCCUUGUUAUUCAAAGCUGUCCGAUACAAUGUAUCUGGUGAUAUGAGGGAUACUAAAUUGUCGACCUGUAAAGAACAAGUGGAAGAUAUUGUCAAUCAAAUCAUGAAACAAAGUGGUCAAGCCGAAAAUGCUAGAUUUAUUGUUUAUAAGCCUAUUAUCAGUCUCUCACAAGCCGAAAAAAACGGAUGGUUUGUUCAAAAAAAUGGGAUACAAACUCAAGCAUGCCAUCUGGAUUUAGUUUAUCAUCAAAUCAUUUGUAUUUAAUAGUAGAUAUUUAAAGUAAAUAAAUAAAAAAAACC